AUGGCUAUUUCACUUCCACAAGAUGAUCCUGAUGCUUUUGCAAUAUACGCACACUGGCUCUAUCGCAAGAAGAUCCCCGAUUAUGACGGCUUCGACGCCCCUAACCCGCCCAAAAUGAUUACAACUCUAGUCAAGGCCUAUAUCAUGGGUGACAAAAUCUUUGACCGAAGAUUCCAAAACGCAGUGAUUGAUAGAAUCUACAAUACAGGCAUUACGCCAGAAGCAGACGGUAUGCUCUAUAUUCCUGAUUCUGACUCAAUAGCUUUGACGUACAAGGAAACUGCACCAGAUUCUUUGCUUUGGCUCUUAUUGGUCGACUUAUGGACGGAGUUCGUUGCCCUCCUGGAUCUCCGAUGA